UCCCCGCAGCCGGUGCCCGCGUCGCCGCCGCCGCGGCCAUGGACUGGCUCUGAUUCCCGGCGCCGCGUGCCGACGAGCGAGCCAAGAUGAAAGUGGACAGGACUAAGCUGAAGAAAACCCCCACGGAGGCGCCCGCGGACUGCAGGGCCCUCAUCGAGAAGCUCAAGGGCUGCAGUGACGAGCAGCUGCUGGCCGAGCUGCAGCAGAUCAAGACAUGGAACAUCGGGAAGUGCGAGCUCUACCACUGGGUGGACCUGCUGGACCGCUUCGACGGCAUCCUGGCGGAGGGCGGCCGCGCCGUGGAGGCCAUGGCCUGGCUGCUCGCCUGCGACCGGCCGCAGCGGCAGCAGCUCAAGGCGCUGCUGCUCGCCGUGCUCAACUUCACGGCGCUGCUCAUCGAGUACAGCUUCUCGCGGCACCUCUACAGCUCCAUCGAGCACCUCACGACGCUGCUGGCCUCGUCGGACAUGCAGGUGGUGCUGGCCGUGCUCAACCUGCUCUACGUCUUCAGCAAGCGCUCCAACUACAUCACGCGCCUGGGCUCCGACAAGCGCGCGCCGCUGCUCUCCCGCCUGCAGCACCUGGCUGAGAGCUGGGGCGGCAAGGAGAACGGCUUCGGGCUGGCCGAGUGCUGCCGCGACCUGCACAUGCUGAAGUACCCGCCGAGCGCCACCACGUUGCACUUCGAGUUCUACGCGGAGCCGGGCGCCGAGGUUAAGGUGGAUAAGCGGGCCACCAGCACCACGUUGCACUACAUCCACAUCGAGCAGCUGGACAAGAUUUCGGAGAGCCCCUCGGAGAUCAUGGAGUCGCUCACCAAGAUGUACAGCAUCCCCAAGGACAAGCAGAUGCUGCUCUUCACGCACAUCCGCCUGGCGCACGGCUUCUCCAACCACAAGAAGCGGCUGCAGGCGGUGCAGGCGCGGCUCCACGCCAUCUCCAUCCUCGUCUACUCCAACGCGCUGCAGGAGUCGGCCAACAGCAUCCUCUACAACGGCCUCAUCGAGGAGCUCGUGGACGUGCUGCAGAUCACCGACAAGCAGCUCAUGGACAUCAAGGCGGCCUCGCUGCGCACGCUCACCUCCAUCGUGCACCUCGAGCGGACGCCCAAGCUGAGCAGCAUCAUCGACUGCACGGGCACCGCCUCCUACCACGGCUUCCUGCCCGUCCUCGUGCGCAACUGCAUCCAGGCCAUGAUCGACCCCUCCAUGGAGCCCUACCCGCACCAAUUCGCCACGGCGCUCUUCUCCUUCCUCUACCACCUGGCGAGCUACGACGCGGGCGGCGAGGCCCUGGUGUCGUGCGGGAUGAUGGAGGCKCUGCUCAAGGUGAUCAAGUUCCUGGGCGACGAGCAGGACCAGAUCACGUUCGUGACGCGGGCCGUGCGCGUCGUGGACCUCAUCACCAACCUGGACAUGGCCGCCUUCCAGUCGCACAGCGGCCUCUCCAUCUUCAUCUACCGCCUCGAGCACGAGGUGGACCUGUGCCGCCGCGAGUGCCCCUUCGUCAUCAAGCCCAAGGUGCAGCGCCCGGCGGCCGCCGCCGCGCCCGAGGGCGAGGACAUGGAGACCGACAUGGAGGGAGUGCAGUGCAUCCCGCAGCGCGCCGCCCUGCUCAAAUCCAUGCUCAACUUCCUCAAGAAAGCCAUCCAGGACCCGGCUUUCUCCGAYGGCAUCCGGCACGUCAUGGACGGCUCGCUGCCCACCUCGCUCAAACACAUCAUCAGCAACGCCGAGUACUACGGGCCCUCGCUYUUCCUGCUGGCGACGGAGGUGGUGACGGUGUUCGUGUUCCAGGAGCCCUCGCUGCUCUCCUCCCUGCAGGACAACGGCCUCACCGACGUCAUGCUGCACGCGCUGCUCAUCAAGGACGUGCCGGCCACRCGGGAGGUGCUGGGCUCGCUGCCCAACGUGUUCAGCGCGCUGUGCCUCAACGCGCGCGGCCUSCAGUCGUUCGUGCAGUGCCAGCCCUUCGAGCGCCUCUUCAAGGUGCUGCUCUCGCCCGACUACCUGCCCGCCAUGCGGCGCCGCCGCAGCUCCGACCCGCUGGGCGACACGGCCUCCAACCUGGGCAGCGCCGUGGACGAGCUCAUGCGGCACCAGCCCACGCUCAAGACGGACGCCACCACGGCCAUCAUCAAGCUCCUGGAGGAGAUCUGCAGCCUGGGCCGGGACCCCAAGUACAUCUGCCAGAAGCCCUCCAUGCAGAAGGCGGACGGCACGGCGGCGGCGCCGCCGCCCCGCUCGCCCCACGCCGCCGAGGAGGCGUCCAGCGAGGACGAGGAGGAGGAGGAGGUGCAGGCCAUGCAGAGCUUCGGCGCCGCGCAGCAGAGCGACGYCGAGCCCAGCCAGCAGGUGGUGGGCACCGAGGAGCGCAUCCCCAUCCCGCUCAUGGACUACAUCCUUAACGUGAUGAAGUUUGUGGAGUCCAUCCUGAGCAACAACACGACGGACGACCACUGCCAGGAGUUCGUGGCGCAGCGCGGGCUGCGGCCGCUCGUCACCAUCCUGGGGCUGCCCAACCUGCCCGUGGACUUCCCCACGUCGGCCGCGUGCCAGGCCGUGGCCGGCGUCUGCAAGUCCAUCCUGACGCUGUCGCACGAGCCCAAGGUGCUGCAGGAGGGGCUGCUGCAGCUGGACGCGGUGCUGUCGGCGCUGGAGCCGCUGCACCGGCCCAUCGAGGCGCCGGGCGGCUCGGUGCUGCUGCGCGAGCUGGCGGCGGCGGGCAGCGUGGCCGACGCGACGCUCUCGGCGCAGGCCACGCCGCUGCUGCACGCGCUCACCGCCGCGCACGCCUACAUCAUGAUGUUCGUGCACACGUGCCGCGUGGGGCAGAGCGAGAUCCGCGCCAUCUCCGUCAACCAGUGGGGCUCGCAGCUGGGGCUCAGCGUGCUGGGCAAGCUCAGCCAGCUCUACUGCUCGCUCGUGUGGGAGAGCACCGUGCUGCUCUCGCUCUGCACCCCCAACAGCCUGCCGCCGGGCUGCGAGUUCGGGCAGGCCGACAUGCAGAAGCUGGUGCCCAAGGAGGAGAAGGCGGCGCCCAGCCCGGUGCAGGGCGCCAGGAGAGCGG